AUGAGCCUGCUGGCGGCGGCAAUCUCUGAGGACGGCAUGCGCGUGCUGCUAGCGGUCGCGCGAGAGCAGUCGCAGAGCGCGAUCGCCGAGACCCGCGGCCCUCGCGACGUUUUCGAGCGCUUCAUGGCCCAGGGCGCCAUUACCCCCAGCCGCCUAGCCCUGGAGCUUCUCAUGCUGAUUGUCGCCAACACGGGCAACGACGGAAUCGCCGCCGCGGCGCGCCUGGCGUCGUCGCCAGGCAUGCUGUCCGACGUCCUGGCUGUGCUGGCCGAGUCGCCCCCCGCGGGCGCCGGCAAGCCAGCCCGCUCGGCGUCUCUUAGCUACUGGGCGUGCGCCUGCCUGGCGGAAAUGGCGCUGCGGCUGUUUCCCACCGCCGUGGGGCCGGCGACGCCCGCUGAGGCCGCCGUGCACGCGCCCGACGCGCCGCGCGACGGCGCUGCGCGCUUCGCGCCGCACAUGGCGGCCGCACUGCUGGCCAGCCCUGGUGCCCUCGCCAACGCCCUCGCCAACGCGGGCUGCGACGACGAUAUGGUCGCGUGGCAGGCGCUGUUCGCGCUGUCGCCGCUGGCCGUCAGCCACGGCGCCACCGCAGCCUCGUCCCCAGAGCAGCAGGCGGCCGCCGUUGCUGCGCUCGCCGUCUGCCCCAGCCGCGUACCAGCCGCCCGCCGGCUCGCCUUGCGCACCGCCCACACCGCGUCCCACUUGGUGCACUCAGGCCGCGCCAUCGCCGAUGCCGUCAGCGACAACGGCGGCGUGCACCCCGCGGUCGAGCUACUUGCACUCACGAUGCUCUGCCGCGCCCCUGACGCGCGCGACGCGGUCAUCGGCAUGCCGGUGCCGCUGCCGGCGCUCCUGCAAAUUGUGCGGCAGCGCGACGCCAUCACGUCCCGCCUCGCGCUGCAGCUGCUCGAAACCCUCAUGCAGGGGGAUCUGGGGGCGGCGCCUGGGCACCCUGGGUGGCCCCCGCCGCCCCAGGGGCCCAUGCGCGGCGCCUGGCCGUGGGGCGCCGCCAGCGCCGCUGCCUCCGCGGCGAUCGUGGCGCACGGCGACGCCGCGGGCGGCGAGGGUGCGGAGGUGCUGCGCGCCGGCGGCGCGGUGAUCCUCGCGGCGGAGCGCGCGCGCUGUGGCGGCGGGCGUGCCUGCGUGGUGUGCGCGCAGGGCCGGUAA